AUGAUGGCUCAAGAGAAUGCACAAGUUCAAUUAGCAGAAAUUGGUUAUAAACAAGAGUUGAAAAGAACUUUCAAUACUAUUCAAGUAUUUGGUAUAGCAUUUUCUAUUAUGGGAUUAUUACCAAGUAUUGCAACAACAAUGUCAAUUGGUCUAACAUCAGGAUCUAUUGGAUUAGUUUGGGGUUGGUUUUUAGGUGGUGCCUUUAUUUUAACAAUUGGUAUUGGGAUGUCUGAAUUAAGUUCUUCAAUUCCGACUUCUGGAGGAUUAUAUUAUUGGACUCAUUAUUAUGGACCAAUAAAAUUUAAGAAUUUGUUAUCUUUUGUUAUUGGUUGUUCAAAUACUAUAGCAUUAGCUGGCUCAACUUGUUCUAUAACUUAUGGAUUUGCUCAUCAAGUACUUGCUGCAGCUUUCUUAGGCUCUAAUGGUUCUUUUGAAAUUACUGAUGGUGAAGUUUAUGGAGUUUUCGCUGCUGGUAUCUUUGGUGAAAUUUCAAGUUUUAAUAAUGCAACUUAUAUAUUUGGUCAUUUUGAAAAUCAUAGUGAUUGGAAUGAUGGUUGGACUUUUAUGCAAUUUGGGUUAUUACCUGCAAUUUGGUCAAUUGGAGCUUUUGAUUCAUGUUUACAUAUGUGUGAAGAAGUUAAAACACCAUCUAAAUCGGUUCCUAUUGGUAUAAUUGGUUCGAUAACAGUUUGUUGGAUCUUGGGUUUUUUAAUAAUGAUUGUUAUAUCUGCAUGUAUGACACAGGAUGUUGAAAGUUUAAUAAAUACAGAUUUAGGACAACCUUUAGCUCAAGUGUUUUAUGAUUCUAUGGGUGCUAAAUGGGCCAUUGCAUUUAUGUCAUUAUGUGCAUUUUGUCAAUUUUUAAUGGGGGCAAGCAUUUUAACUGCAAUUUCAAGACAAGUUUGGGCAUUUGCUCGUGAUGAUGGAUUACCUUUUUCUUCAAUUGUUAAAGUGGUUAAUAAAAAAUUGGCUGUCCCAUUAAGAGCUAUAGUUUUCAGUGCAAUUAUUUCAUUAUUAUUAGGAUUAUUAAUAUUGGCUGGAUCAAUAGCUGCUAAUGCACUUUUUUCAAUAGCAAUAGUUGGUAAUUAUGCUGCUUGGGCAAUGCCUCAAAUCUUAAGGUUUACAUCAGGUAGAGAAUUGUUUAAACCUGGAUAUUUUUAUUUGGGGAAGAUAUUUUCACCUUUAAUUAACUUUAUAUCUAUCAUAUUCCAAGGAUUUAUGAUGAUUUUAGCAUGUUUCCCCGAUAAUAAGAAAGUUAAAGAUGCUAAAUCAAUGAACUAUGCAGUUGUGGUGAAUUGUGGUGUUUGGAUCUUGUCUAUAGUUUAUUAUUAUGCAUACAAGAAACGGGUUUAUUGUGGUCCUAAAUCAAACUUGGGUGAAGAUCAACUAAUAGAAGCAGCUAUGUUAACGAAAGAAGAGAUUGAGAUGGUUGAUCAUAAGAAGUAA